AUGUAUUAUCAUGUUCCUGAACAGUGUUACAUGCCAAAUAAAAAAUGUCGCAAAACUUUUGCUACAUCCGAUCAAGAAUAUUAUGAAUAUAUAUUACAUAUAUGCAUUUAUUUGUUAAACUUAGGUAUCAUUCAAGAUUCAUUCAAAUAUCUUAAAUCAUUAAAAUAUCUUGAUUUAUCAAGUACAAAUUUAUUUGAUCUUGAUGGAUGUAUAUUUAUUCAAUUAACUGGUUUACGUACACUUAAAAUUGAACGUGUUUCAAUUAAUUGUUCAUCUUGUUGGCUUCCUAUAGCAAAAAAGAAUUCAAUCAUAUUAUUCGGACAAUGUUUUAAUAAUAUAACAAUACAACUACUUGAUUCAUUAACAAAUGAACAACUUCAUUCUUCCUGUUCAACAUCAUCUAUUGAUUGUUCAUCGGAUUAUUGUGAACCAGGUUCAUUUAAUUUUGAAUAUAAGUCCUCAUCAUUUGGUAAAUUAUCAAAUUUAGCUAAAAAUUCUAAUACAUCACAAAAUAAUACAAUCAAAAUAAUUCUUAGUAUUAUAUUUAGUAUAAUUGCACUUAUUAUAAUUAUUAUAUUAAUUAUUUUAAUUUAUCGAUGGAAACAAGGUAAACAAUUAUUGUGUUGUCAGUUUCUAUCAACAACAUCAUCAACAAUGACUGAAAUAACACGACGUCAUCGUCGUCAACAUCAAAAACAAAUAAUCAAUAAAAAUCCAACUGUAAUCGAAUCAAUUAUUACACAUGGUGCAAAUAUGAAUGUACCAUCAUAUCCACAUCAUAAUUAUGAAUAUUCAACGGAAACAACUUCAAAUAAUAAACGAAAACUUUAUAAUCCUAUGUUUAUGAAUUCUCCGAAAUCGGACACAAGAUCUCAUCAAUCAAUAGUAGUAUCAAAUGACAAUUGUUCUCAUAGCAAUCAAUCGUAUUCUGAAAAUCUAUGA